ACCACGGAGUUUGCCGGAGUUUCAUCACACACACACGUACUUGGAGUUUCCUUCUAAAGCUGGAUUUUUAUUUACGUACUCGCUAAAAUGUUUCAAGGGUGGUCUCUCGCCCUGCAUCUCGCCCUGCUGUGCUGGCUGGCUGCUGCCCUGCAGGUUAUAGAAGAGCGAGGCUCAGGAAGUCAUCUUGACCUGACGGAGUUAAUUGGCGUCCCCCUCCCUCCCUCGGUCUCCUUCACUCCUGGCUACGAGGGUUUCCCAGCCUUCAACUUCGGGCCCGACGCCAACAUCGGCCGACUCACCAAAACCUUUGUGCCGGGGUCGUUCUACCGAGACUUUGCUAUCAUUGCCACGGUGCGUCCAGCUAACCAGAAAGGCGGCGUGCUCUUCGCCAUCACAGAUGCCCGUCAGAAGGUGGUGGAGCUGGGUUUGGCUCUCACUCCAGUUCGUGGAGGCCUCCAGAGCAUCUUAUUGUACUACACUGACAAAGAGCAGGCGUCCCACAGCCACAAAGCUGCUGCCUUUAGUGUCCCAGACAUGACUGACCAGUGGGCGCGAUUUACAGUGGUGGUGGAGCAUGACGAGGUGCGUCUUUAUAUGGACUGUGGAGAGGCUGAGAGGACGACUUUCCAUCGGAGGCCAGAGAAGCUCAGCUUCUCACACAACUCAGGCAUUUUUGUUGCUAAUGCAGGAAGCACGGGGCUUGACAAGUUUGUGGGGUCUAUUCAGCAGCUGGUCAUAAAAGAUGAUCCCAGAGCAGCCGAGGAGCAGUGUGAAGACGACGAUCCUUAUGCCUCUGGGUAUGCCAGUGGAGACGACGCUCUGGAUGACAGAGAGACAGAAGAAGACACGAUGAAGAGCACACAGAGGAGAAAACAGGAGGAGGAUACUGUUCCUGUUAGAGCUCCACCCACUGAGGCUCCAGAGGCGGAGCUUGAGGAGUAUUCCGGUCACACGACUCGCAAUGACGAACUGCUAAAAGUGCCACACCGGACCGAGGAGCCAGGAGAGCGAUCAGGAGACGGUCAGGUCAGGCCUGGAUUAAAAGGAGAGCGUGGCGAUCCUGGACCACGUGGCCCACCUGGUCCCCCAGGCCCCCCCUUCGUACCUGGGGACACUCAGCUUGGACCGUUUGGGCCACAAGGACCACCAGGAACCCCUGGAUCUCCUGGGCAACCAGGGAGAGAUGGACAGAAGGGAUUCAAAGGUGAUAAGGGAGAUCCAGGUCAGAUAGGAUCUCCAGGCUUUCCAGGUUUGAAUGGAGAAGCUGGAAUUAAAGGAGAAAAGGGAGACCCAGGACUUGGUUCACCAGGCCCCCCUGGCCUUCCUGGGCCUCCUGGACCUCCAAGAUCACGCAGUGUACCUUACGGACCAGAUGCCCUGUUGGAGGACCUGGACAGUGAUACUGUACUCAUCAGGGGUCCUCCUGGUCCACCAGGGCCUCCAGGGCCUCCUGGUCCCCCUGGACCCCACAUGUCAUCGUCUGACACCCCUGAAGGCCUCUCUCCAGGGUAUAAUGGACCAACUGGUGUGCCUGGAAGAAAUGGACUCCCAGGAAAACAUGGAAUACAAGGUCCAGCAGGAAGAGAUGGGAUUCCUGGUCCACCUGGAGACGUGGGAGAAAAGGGUGACCAAGGGAUACCUGGGCCACCUGGUCCAAAGGGUGAAUGUGGCACUGUGGGGGAAGAAGGAACUCUAGGACUCCAAGGGCCUAUUGGUCCACCAGGAAAGAGGGGCCCAGCAGGUCCUCCAGGACCCCCUGGCCCACCUGGCCCUCAAGGAACCAAAUUCUUUGCUGAGGAUAUGGAGGGAUCUGGAAAGAGCGACAUGCUCAUUGGAGCUGGAGUCAGAGGCCCACAGGGUCCACCAGGCCUACCUGGGCCUCGGGGGCUACAGGGUGGGGAUGGAGCUCCAGGCGCACCAGGCCUCUCUGUCAAGGGUGAACCAGGGGACCCAGGACCGGAGGGUCUUCAGGGUCCUGCUGGACUACCAGGUGCUCGGGGGGCCAAAGGAGACAAAGGCAGUCCAGGACCUCAGGGUGAUCGAGGCGUUGAUGGACUCAGUAUCCCAGGACCACCUGGGCCUCCUGGACCUCCUGGAUCUGUCUUGAAUCUACAGGAUCUGCUCCUCAAUGUUACAGAAGGUAUCUUCAACUUCACAGAGAUCAGAGGACCACCAGGGCCUAUGGGCCCUGAAGGUUUGCCUGGCAGAGCUGGAUUUCCAGGCCCUAGAGGACCUAAAGGGGACCUGGGACUUCCAGGUGUCCAGGGGCCAUCAGGGAUUAAGGGAGAAAAAGGAGAACCAGGAGUGACUAUUGCUGCUGAUGGCUCGAUCUUGUCUGCACCUAGAGGGCCUCAGGGGCCCAAAGGCAUAAAGGGAGACCGUGGCUUCCCAGGAUCUGCUGGACUCAUGGGCCCGAUUGGACCUACUGGACAAAAAGGAGAAUACGGUUUCCCUGGACGCCCAGGGCGACCUGGUAUCCCUGGGAGGAAAGGUGACAGAGGAGAUUCUGUCGGCCUGCAGGGACCUCCUGGUCCUCCCGGUCCACCUGGACUUCCAGGAAGAAUUCUGGGUCUGAAUGGAACAGUGUUCCCGGUGCGCCCCAGACCGCACUGCAAAAAGGGACGAGAGUCAGUGACAAGGGGAGAUUCAUUUGGGCCUAAAGGAGACAAAGGAGACGAGGGAUUACCUGGUGAGCCGGGGACACCAGCACCAAGGUUUCCAGACGGGAUUGUGGGAGCUCGAGGCGAUCAGGGAUACAAAGGUCAGAAGGGAGACAAGGGAGACUCGGGUCAGCCUGGUCCUCCGGGACUGCCAGGGAGGUCAGGACUUGUGGGUCCAAAAGGCGAGUCCAUCGUCGGCCCUCCAGGUCCUGUUGGUUCUCCUGGUGAGCCUGGAGCCCCUGGAUUUGGACGACCUGGAUCUCGAGGCCCCCCUGGCCCUGCUGGGCCCCCAGGUCCUCCGCCUCCUUAUGGAUCAACUGUCAGCGUCCCCGGCCCCCCUGGUCCUCCGGGUCCGCCAGGCUCUCCAGGAUAUGCCAACCCGGUGACCACCUAUAAGACGAUCCACGCUCUCAACAGAGAGACACACCGAGCUGCUGAGGGAACCUUAGCGUACGUUUCUGAAAAGGGAGGAGAGCUGUACAUCAGAGCACGCAACGGCUGGCGCAAGAUCCAGCUCGGAGAGUUGAUCCAUCAGGGAACUUCCUCAUCAGAGGCGUCUCAGGCCCUCAGCAGACCUGGAGACUGGGGUCGACCACACAGGAUCCACAGCCAGGAGCUGCAGGAGGGCAGUCGAGGGUAUCAGCCCAGCUACAACGUGCUGCCGCAGACCUCCAGCGGUGUACCCGGGCUCCAUCUGGUAGCACUGAACGCCCCGCUCAAAGGGGAUAUGCGGGGCAUCCGCGGGGCAGACUUCCAGUGCUACCAGCAGGCGCGCUCCAUGGGCCUGACAGCCACCUACAGGGCCUUCCUGUCCUCACACCUCCAGGAUCUGGCAACCAUUGUGAGGAAGGCGGACCGCAAUGAGAUGCCAGUGGUUAAUCUGAGGGGUGAAGUGUUGUUCAGCAGCUGGAUGUCCAUCUUCGCUGGGAACGGAGGCGUCUUUGACCCGUCCACACCCAUCUACUCCUUCGACGGUCGCAACGUGAUGACUGACUCGGCUUGGCCCGAGAAGCUGGUGUGGCACGGCUCCAGCACCGUGGGCAUCCGCCUGACCACCAACUACUGCGAGGCGUGGAGGACGGGCGACAUGGCGGUGACGGGCCAGGCCGCCCUGCUGCAGACGGGACGGCUGCUGGGUCAACACGCGCGCUCCUGCUCCAACCACUACAUCGUGCUGUGCAUAGAGAACACAUACGUGGGGAACUCGCAUCAAAGGAGGAACUGAGGAGGCGGAGCGAACACACAUGCAGGCAUGCUGAAAGUAGAAAAUGUGACACAUGAAUGGGGAAACACAUGCAGGCACAUACACACACACGCUGACAGACGGCGGUUCUGGUCAUAUACGUGCAAACACAAAACACUCACACAUUAACAUGCAGAAGCAGGAAACACACAUCCCUUUAGUUUUGGUUUCAUGUUUAGCUCCCACUUGAAGCCAGGAGUGACCCAGCAGUUUAAAUUGCUGCCACAUAUCCGUCCAUGUGUAGAUUUCACCUAUUUCUAGUCAUUAUAACAGCACAACGUGUCGUUACAGAGAGCUGUGGGAUUUGUUGACAGUAGAAGCGAGUAACUUAAAGCACCAUACCAGUGUUUUUGCACUGUGCGCUUUAUACUUUUAUCACAGUUUUCUGGUGUUAUUUUGGUUUUUUUACAAUUCCAGGCAGCCAUGUGUGACGUCUAGAAUAAACUAGCAGAACAUAACAUACAGUAGGUCUUAAAGCAAAUGGGCUAAAACGAGCAAAAUCACAGGUAUGGUCCAAUAAGUCGCUGUCCUUUGUCUUCCUGUCACCAGCACUAGUGUGGAUUUUUCAUUUUUUAUGGAACAGAAUGAAUUUCAAUCUCUGUUUUUUAUAAAUAUAUAUAAUUAUUAUCACAACAACAGUAUUGUACUUCAGAUCCUUGUGCAUCAGGACUAUCUGCAGGUUACGCCAGAAAUAAAAGAGUCAGAUGUAAAAAGACAUUUAGGAUGAUGAUUUUACUUUCAAGAAAAAGGCUGGUAAGGUUUGGGUUUUUCAUGGAAUUGGUUGACAGUAACAACAAAAUGAGAGAAUUUGGAAACACUGCACUCACAUAAUGACAUAUUUCUUAGACGUUUUUUUUUGGGAUGUCUAAUGUCUAAUGCCAGACGAGCCCUGUCUCACUCUCAGCUCAUCUCAUACUGCAUAUUAUUAACCAUUUACUGCUUUGAAGCGAUUAACCUCGGCUGCGCGUCGUCGUCAGAAGGUGGCGGUACAGGCUACGUUACACAUGGCUGCAAUGAACAGAGUAGAAGAUGCUGGAAGCAAACCAACCGCUACAGUAACUUUAAAUAAGACAAAAAAGAACAAAACUAUGCCGUAAAAGUCUGAAUUAUUCGUUUGUGUCAGCUGGUAUUGGUCGCGUUUCGGUCCAGAGACAAAGACAAUGAAAGAAGCAGGAACAAAGUGAGGUAAAUUUGUCAGAACUUACUCAGAAAAUGUAUUUCUAGCUCCCAUGAAGCGCAACAAUUGGUUCACAAAUUCUAUUUUUGUGAAAUUGGCUACCUUUAAAAAAAAAACAAACACUUUUUUUAUGUGCUACUUUGAAAAUGUGCAUCAAAAUACAUCAUGGAAAGUUUUUUUUUUGUUUGUUUUUUUUAACAAAUCGGCAGUAUUUGAUGACCUGGUACCAAAAGGAGGCUGGGUCAGACAACAAUAACACAGGAAUCUAUUUCAUGUGGUCAUGCUGUAGCUGUAAAUACACCGUGACUGAGUUCCUCAUGGCAAAAUCGUCCAACCACAGCUUCACCUGCAUUUCUUCCAUUUUUUUUCUCUGAUCACUAAAAAGACAAAAACAAUUUACCACUAAGACCUUCCCUCUAACUACAUAUUAAACCAAUACCAAACAGAUUAAUUAAAAGAAAUAAAUAAAAGGCGCACUAGACCGUGUCAAUUACUGCUUAUUUUAUAUACAACUGAAGGCUUAAUCGCAGUGUGGCGCCCCCUGCUGACAGCUUUGUUUACAUCUUUUUAUCAAACAGGGUCCUUGUAAAUUCAAAUAAUUUCCAGGAGAAUAUGUCAAACUUAUCCUGUUUUCUGCUGAACUUUAGUCUCGCUGCUUGCAAUAAAGUGAUUUGAACUAGUCUCACCAUUAACACGUCUGCUUUAUAACCUUAGAGUUAGAGUCGAAAUCAACGUGUGAUCUUCAUUAAUUUAUACUGUAGCGGGACCUAGUGUGAAGACAUAGCAAGUUCACAUUCAGAUUUUGAUGAAGUCGGGGGAUGUAUAUAAAUAUAUAUAAAUAUGUGUGUGCGUGUGUAUGUGUGUGUUGUUAAUGUCCAGAUGUUGUUUUUUACUCCGUAGAUGUAGGUUUUGUAUGAAGCACACUAAAUGACCGAGGGUUUCCUCUCACCACGCUUUGAUUGAGACGUAGUCGCCGAGCUCUGCCUGUAAAGAUGAGUGUUAGUGUUUCUGCUGUCUGGUUCUGAUGUUUCUGUUCGAACAAAACUUGAGCUUCUGAGGAAACAGAAGGUUUGUACUGACUGACUGGUGCUCACUGAAUAAAAUGUCUUAUUUUCUGUGUGUUUUUUUAAAAA